AUGACGUCCCCCUUGGUCCCGCACUUCGUUCCCCACUACCAGCCCUCGAGCCUGCCUCCAGCGCCAAUGUUGCCGCCAGCACCGGUUCCAGGCAACCUAGACCAGCUCAAGACAUACGUUGAGGGUAUGAAAGCUGGUGAGUGUGGGCCUCAAAUGGACGAAGAUGUCGAAUUCAACGUUUCCGUUCAUGAUUGGGACAAGUUGUGUAAGCAAUACGACAUUGAGGAGCGAGUCUACCGAUACACCUACGAUGCCUCCAAGUCGAUUCUUACCCUCCACGGGCCCCCGUCGCCGGCGCAUGAGAUCAUCGUCGAAUUUCUCAGACACAGUCUCUUUCGAAAUAUCGACUAUAGGCCGACGGUUCGAAUCGCCACUGGUACGGAACUUAUUGCUACAGAGGGAGAAUACUCCUGGUCGAGGAAAGUACCUGAUUUAGUGAUUCUUGAAAUGGACCCCCAAAAAGGCUGGAUGUUCAAAAUGACGUUCGAAAUUGGCGUUUCUCAGACGUACCAGAAGUUGAAAGAGAAUGUGGAGUUGAUAUUGAAGGGCACAGGCUCAGUGGCUCAAUGUAUCCUGGUGAAGUUGACCGAGACACCAGAGUAUAGGUGCCCGCUAUCUACGGAGGCAAGAGCUGAGAAGGCUUGGAAAGCACCGCGCACAAUCGAGGAAGACGAGUUUGAGGGUAAAGGGUAUGGGCCUAUUCGCUUCCAAGGUCAGCAAUGGGUGGGCAACAUCUCGGAAAUCUUCUGGGAGGCAUGGAAAUUAGACGCUGCCACCAACGAAAUCCAAUUAGACGGGGAGCGACAAAUCAUCCACCCGGCAUCUCCGUCUAUGCCUCGACCGGAUAUCCCACUUGGCCUGGCCCUCUCUGACCUCAAGCCGGAAGACUCGAUAAAGUUAAACUGGGAUUUCUUUGAAGCGGCCUUUAAGGCGAUCAUGACCAAUUUGGCCAGACAUCGAUACAGCGAAUGGUACCACAAAACGGAGGGUGAUAAUCUGAAGGACAAGGACAAGGACUACGAGGAAGAGGAUGAGGAUGAGGAAGAGGAUUAG